UAGACAAAUCUCCAUUGCCAAGAAACGGACAGCGAAAAAACGAGAAAAAUAAUGAAGAUGGUCAAAGUCCGGGCAUGAAGUUGUGGUUAAAAAUCUGAGAAUUCAAUGCACAGAAGAGGUAGAGGGGAUGGCGUAGAGAGAGAAAGCUAUAUCUUCCUGGUGUGAGAGAAAGGAGCUACUGGGUCAGUUGAAGGCAGUUGCAGGAAUUCUUUUUUUCGGAGCAGGAAUAAGGAAAUUUUUUGCUGGAUCAUCGAAGAUGGGGCUGAUUUCGGGGAUGCUGAUGGGGAUUCUGUUUGGAAUUGCUUUGAUGGCGGGCUGGCGACAUAUGAUGAGAUAUCGGAGCAGCAAGCGGAGGGCCAAAGCGGUUGAUGUAAAACUAAUGGGAUGCCUUGACAGGGAUGAUUUGAAGAAAAUAUGUGGUGAUAAUUUUCCUGAAUGGAUAUCUUUCCCCGUUUAUGAGCAGGUGAAAUGGUUGAACAAACAAUUGAGCAAGCUCUGGCCAUUUGUUGCUGAAGCAGCAGAGGCUAUUAUUAGAAUGUCUGUUGAACCUCUGUUAGAAGAAUAUCGACCUACCGGAAUUAAUUCGUUAAAGUUCAGCAAACUGUCCCUGGGAACUGUGGCGCCAAAGAUUGAAGGUAUUCGUGUUCAGAGCCUCAAAAAAGGUCAAAUUACAAUGGAUAUUGACUUUCGGUGGGGUGGAGAUCCUAGCAUCAUUCUAGCUGUGGAAGCUCUAGUUGCUUCUAUACCCAUCCAGUUGAAAGAUCUUCAAGUUUUCACAGUUAUCCGCGUUGUCUUCCAACUUUCGGAGGAAAUUCCAUGCAUAUCUGCUGUUGUUGUUGCUUUACUAUCUGAGCCAAAACCAAGAAUUGAUUAUGUGUUGAAGGCUGUUGGUGGAAGUUUAACAGCUAUUCCUGGACUCUCAGAUAUGAUUGACGAUACUGUAGAAACAAUUGUCACAGAUAUGCUACAAUGGCCCCAUAGAAUUGUUGUUCCAAUUGGUGGCACAGCCGUGGAUACAAGUGAUUUGGAGCUUAAGCCACAAGGGAAGCUUAGAAUAACUAUAAUCAAGGCAACUAACUUAAAAAACCAGGAAAUGAUCGGAAAAUCUGAUCCAUAUGUAGUUCUAUAUAUUCGUCCACUGUUCAAGGUUAAAACAAAAACUAUUGAUAACAACCUCAACCCUGUUUGGAACGAGACAUUUGAGUUGAUUGCAGAAGACAAGGAGACACAAUUUGUUAUCCUUGAGGUGUUUGAUAAAGACAAUGUCGGGCAAGAUGAGAGAAUGGGAGUUGCUAAGUUACCUUUGAAGGAUUUGGAAGCUGGAAAAGCCAAAGAAAUUGAAUUGAGAUUGCUGCCAAAACUCGAUAUGCUUAAAGUCAAAGACAAGAAGGAUAGAGGGACCCUUACAAUUAAGGUGUUUUAUCAAGAAUUCAACAAGGAAGAGCAGCAAGCUGCUCUGGAGGAAGAGAAGGCGAUCCUAGAACAAAGGAAGAAGCUGAAAGCAGCAGGUGUGAUAGGGAGCACUAUGGAUGCCAUUGACGGGGCGGCAUCACUCGUGGGUUCGGGCGUUGGUAUGGUAGGUAGCGGCAUUGGGGCUGGCGUUGGGGUGGUGGGAAGUGGGCUUGGAGCCGUUGGGUCUGGACUGAGUAAAGCUGGAAGGUUUAUGGGCAGGACAUUUACUGGGAAUUCAAGCAGUUCUAAGAGUCAGCGGAGUGGCUCCUCCACCCCGGUCAACUCUGUUCAAGAAAACGGCGGCGCAAAGCCACGCUAGUCUCAGAUCAUAUCUUAUCAUAUCAUAUAGACACUCUUGCUUAUUAGUGUGAAUGAAUGAUGGAUUUUUCGCUAACACUGGAUUCAUUUCACUUUUAUACAUUCAGUUCUCAAGUGUAUUGGCUCACCUAAUAUUUUCUCAUAAAUUAUUGAUGGCUCAGCAUUGUUCUCUGAGGUGAAA